CAGCAAGCAAGCAGAUAGUGUUGGAGGCCGUGAAGCCGACUUUAUCUGUCGUAAAAUAUCAAACGUGAGGUGAAUUAAAUAUAAGAAGACGUUCUGUUAGCUUCAGUUUGUGUUUAAUAAACAGAAAGGCUGGUACUGUUGACGCAAAGGCGCAUUGAAAAGAGAGAAUAUGAGCUGAAAAUUAGGCAAAAAAAAAAACGUAAAGUAGUAAUGAACAUAAAGGAGCGUAUAAGGGCUCAUAUCGCGACACUCACGGUUGAGUGAUCUGACCCGGACCGGUUGAAAUCCCCUGCUAGGCCUUCUGGGUAAAGUUCGCCCUGUAUCCGCCCAUCGGAUCAGCAGAGGCCACACUGAGCAGCGGCGGCGGCAGAAGCAGCAGCAGCAACUAGGCCGGGGGGACGCUGGAUCCGAUGGAAAGUUCAAUCGAUUAAUUUCUUCACUUUGUUUCCCCCCCUCCCAUCCCUCCACCUUCCUUCCCGAAACGACCUUAUAGACCGACUUGAAUGCGGGCAUUUUGGCGAGCAGUAGGAAAUGCAGAGAUCGUGUGAAGCGAGAGGAUCUGUUUGACUCUUUCUUCAGACGCGGAACUCCACUCGCUAAAAGGUGAAUCAUGACAGAAUAUAAGCUGGUUGUGGUGGGAGCUGGUGGUGUCGGCAAGAGCGCACUUACUAUUCAGCUCAUCCAGAAUCAUUUUGUGGAUGAAUAUGACCCGACGAURGAGGACUCCUACAGAAAGCAGGUGGUUAUCGAUGGGGAGACGUGUCUGCUGGACAUCCUGGACACAGCAGGUCAGGAGGAGUACAGCGCCAUGAGGGAUCAGUACAUGAGGACAGGAGAGGGGUUUCUCUGUGUCUUUGCCAUCAACAACACCAAGUCCUUUGAGGACAUUCACCACUAUAGAGAACAAAUUAAACGGGUGAAGGACUCUGAGGAUGUCCCCAUGGUGUUGGUUGGGAAUAAGUGUGACCUGCCGACCCGGACGGUGGACACAAAGCAGGCUCAGGACUUAGCACGCAGCUACAACAUUCCCUUUAUCGAGACCUCAGCCAAAACGAGACAGGGCGUUGAUGAUGCCUUUUACACAUUAGUCCGAGAAAUCCGGAAGCACAAGGAGAAGAUGAGCAAGGAGGGCAAAAAGAAGAAAAAGAAGUCCAAGACAAAGUGUAUACUCAUGUGAAUAACCCCCCUUUUCAAGACAGAGUAAAAUAAAACAAGUUGAACAGUUCAAGUAAUACAUUUUGUACAUCACACUAAAUUAUUAGCAUUUUUGUCCUUAUCCUUCUUAAUGAAUACUAAAACUGACCUGAAUUGUUCUGCCCCCUUUUUUUUUUAUUUGGACUCCAAUAAGCUUCUUUUUUAGUGUAGUGCCAGAAGCUGACGCGUUGGUCUCAGAGCUGGAUGAGCCAGAUUUAAAAUUAAUUUGGAGUUAAUGGCAUCAGUAAUAAAUUUUGACAAAUUAAUAAUUAUUAUUCAUGUGUCUGUGCUUGAAAUGCCACAACCUGCAAAAUGUUCUUUAAUGCCCUUUUUAAAGAUGGGAUGCCAAAGAAUGAAUAUUCAUCCCGCUCAUGCAGACAAAACUGAUCUGAAGGCCCAACGUUCAGCCAGAUGAGAUCCAAAUGUCCCAGCKACUGUGUCAUUUCCCCGUUUCUGACCUUUAGGUGUGACUUUGUUUUGUCACUGAUCAGUAUGCAUGCAAACUCCUACUCUUUUCAGAAUGUUUUAUUACCCUAGUUAGCCAUUAAUUAAUUGCUUUGUAUUGUGUGGGGACUGAUUUUUCAGGACUAAAUGAGGAGAGUUGUUUUGCUUUUCUUUCUUUUUUUUUGUUUGUUUUUGGCGCACUUUGUAUC